CAUACUAUAUCUCACUCUCGACCCGAGAAAGUGACAUUUGGGUGUAGACAAAGCGUUUUUGGAAUUUGUCAUGCUACACGUGCAGGGCUAUUCUCUGUCGUGGACUCCCGUGGAAUGGCAUCUUUAUUUGUUUUUCAGAGAACUCAUGCAAUACGACGUUUGCUUGCAUCUCUUAGAUAUGUUCAUUCAAAAUGUACCAAUAGAAUCUUUACAUUCGUUAUCUACGCAAGUUUUUCAACAUUUACAAUACUUUAAAAUGGCUCAUGGCGUAAAUAAUCGGGUGAGUAAAAAUUAAAAGGGUUGUUUAAAGUGAUACUCUGUUAUAAAAAAUGCCACAAACUCGACGUUGAACGCAGUGUUGACCAUUUAGAGGUUUAGUUAAAUCUUAUUUCAAUUUAUACUAUAAUAAGUUGAUGAGUUUGUUAGUUUGGUUGAACGAGCUAAUUGACCUACUAAUUUAAAAUGAAAAGUUUUUUGUUUUGGGGUGAAGCCAGGCCCGUUAUUGCAACCGUUAUUUUAAUCCCUCCCCCUUAAUUUUUACUAUGAUUUGAUUACUAAUAACAAUAAUAAAUAUAAGUGUGCAGUUUUUGAUGGCUUGGAUGAAUAUUAUAUUAACUUUGAUACCAGCAAAUACUGAGAUGAUGACACAAAUGAUAUAAAUAUAUAUUGAUAUAAAUAUGAUUUUUAUUUAAAGGUUGGACAGUGGGCGACUGUCAUAAUAUAUCAUUUAAAAACACGGCUAAAAGGUAAACGCAGCAUUUUUGUUUCACUUUAGUUUUUUGUUACUUAAGAUUGUCCCAGAAAUAUAAAUAAAAAAAAUAGGAACAGGUGGUAUUUGUAUAAUACACAUUCCAAUUCGGUACUUUUGAUGCCCUUUACAUUCUUACAUACAUAUUUCAUUUAAGUAUAAAACCAUUUUUUUUAAAGCGAUUCCAUGUCUUUAUUGACAGGUCUGAAAGAUGAUGAGAGGAGUUGUUAUAAGAUAGAAAAUAAAGAUUUAACCAAGACUAAUAACCAUUUAAAUGCACCAUUCUUAAAACCUAAGUAUGAUGAUACAGCGAAAUUGCUACAGAAUGUCAUAAGGGAGAUAUAUCAAUAUAACGCAAACAUAUCUAUGAAAAAACCGAGAAGAAAAAUGACGAUGUCUUUUGAUAAUAACUCAAAUUAUAGUAAUGAAAACAAUAAUUAUUUCAAGAAAAAAUUUACCUCCUGGAUACAUAAAUAUAAAAGAUCCGCUCAGACCGUUAUCGAAACUAUCAAAUAAUUCCCAUAACGAUUUGAAUUUUUCGUUUUUACAAAAAGAGCCAGCACAAGAUUCAUUGAUACAUAAUAAUAGAAAUUUAUUUAAAUCGCAAAUACAAGAAAUUACUAUGAUUAAGCAAUUAUCAAAGCGGACAGCUAAUGAAGACUACGACGUGCCAAUUGUAAAUAAUUGUUCUUCAAAUUUUAAUAAUACACUGUUUCAAAAACAAAGUGGAGUACAUAAUAUGUUAAAUAAUUCAAACACAUCAGACUUCAGGCCAACUUUCGUAUCAACACCAAAACAUAGGUACAAUAGAACUAUGAAUUCUUCAAAACGUUCCUGUUUUAGCGGACGUAGUCUUAGGACUAUCAAAAAGGUUAACGUUAGAAACGAUGAAUACAAAACUAACCAAAAGCCUCAAAAUAAAAAGGAUAACUCCAAAAUGCGUUCGUUGAAAAAUAGAUCGAUAAGCAGCAGGCUGUUUGACGUCAUAAAUGAUUCAUGCACAACUCUAGUGAAGACUGUUACAAAUAUAUUCAAAAGUAAUAGAUCUAAGAUGGAAGCGAAGGAUAUAGCGCCUGCGUCAAAUACCAAUGCAGGAGCCAAUGAGUCGUGUAGUUACAGUUUCACUGAAUACAUGCGGAAACGUGAUGCUGGUCUAAUUAAUGAUGUGACGAAAAAUACAAGCGGAGUCAGCGAUGAAAGGAAUUUUGAUAAUUGUAAGACCUGCAACGAUACUCUCCAACUGAAACGGAAAAUUAUAAGCGACGAAUAUUUAAGAGAAACCAUAAGGAAACUAAAACUCGGAAUAAAUAUAUACGGUUGUGACUUUAAGGUGAGAUGGGAAUAAUAAGAUAAUAUUUGAGUUCAAUUUGGGCGAUAUUAAAAUGAAUAGGUUUGGGACUUGCAGUAUUUUAAAAAUGUAACUAAAAAAUUUGAUAAGAAAUCAAUCGCCAUAAUUUUAUAAGCACCAUAUAUUCUUUAGGCUUCUACGGGCGCUUGUGCACUACACUGAAUUUUCAU